AUCUCAUUACGCUUCUCGGCCUUCUGCACUGGCUCUAUGAAUAUUUUCUUGUUGAAGAUGUCCCUGUCGCGCAUCUCCACUAGGUUCGUCAGAAUGGAGGCAGGGCGGUCAGCGCCGGGGGGAUGUUCGUUCGGCUGAUUGAGCGGCAUGCCUUCUUGGAUUUCGGAUGAACCGGCAUCAUCAAACAGGUCGGCGAGAUGGGAUUCGCGACGAACACUUCUUGAUGGCAGUCAGUAAGUGUUGGCCGGAACAUGACCGCGGACGUCUUCCAAAAGACCUACGCUCUCGCCAGCAUCUUAUCUAUGCUCAGUUUUCGGUUGAAGUACUUUGGAUCGACAGCAAAGUCCUGGCGAAUCUUCUCUAGCUCCUUGUCGCUGUGGGAAGGUCAGUCAAGGCUAGUCAAAAGCACCACUUGUACUUACGCUGAUAGCACUACCUCACGAGCCUCUGGUAUCUUCUGUGCAAUAAUAAACAAGAGGCCUCUGACCAGAUCUUUGCCGUCAUUGAUUCUGUCGAUGGCUUUCGCGAGCCUCUCAUCAUCUGGGUCAAGGACCGGUUUGCCCUUUCUAUGCUUGAGAGCUCUUUUGGUGGCAGCCGCAGACUCCUUGCCCUUGCCCUUGUCCUUCCGGAGAAGCUGGCGUGUGCGCGGCGAUGCUUCUGACGAAUCAUCCCUGGGGUCGGCUUCGUCUUCUUCGACAUCUCCGUUUCUUCCCUUCUGCUUCCCCUUACCCAGUCGUGGAACCUGCUCUGAUCCAGACGACGUGUCUUCCUAAGAGCCUCCUGACUUGCUGUCAGCCUGACCGGCCUCUUCUUG